AAGAAGCACACACACCAGAGCUAGCAAAUAAUUCAAUUCGCCGUGACAAGCGUCAACCGGAAACAGUUGCAGGUUGCCACCGAUGGAGGGGAAGAAGCAGAUGCUGGCUACCUUGGUCGGCUGCAACUACGCCGGCACGCCGGACGAGCUCCGGGGCUGCAUCAACGACGUUCUCGUCAUGCGCGACACCCUCGUUGCCCGCUUCGGCUUCGCGCCCCGCGACAUCACCUUCCUCACCGACGACGACGGCGGCCGCGGCUCCUCGCCGUCCGCCGUGCUCCCCACCGGCACCAACAUCAAGCGCGCGCUGUCCGAGAUGGUGGCCCGCGCGGCGCCCGGGGACGUGCUCUUCUUCCACUACAGCGGCCACGGCACGCUCGUCCCGCGCCGCCACGGCCACGGCUACGACGAGGCCAUCGUGCCCUGCGACUUCAACCUCAUCACGGACGUGGAUUUCCGGCAGCUCGUGGACCGUGUGCCGCAGGGCGCGACCUUCACCAUGGUGUCCGACUCGUGCCACAGCGGCGGACUCAUCGACCAGGAGAAGGAGCAGAUCGGGCCCUCCGUCGCCGACCUCGCCGUUGACAGCCCUGCACCACCAGCUGCUUCUGCCCGCGCCCGCUUCCUCCCGUACGCCGCCGUCGUCGGCUACCUCUCCGGCGCCUCGGGUCUCGGCGCGUCCCACCACGUCGCUGACCACCUCCUCGCGCUCUUCGGCGCUGACGCCAGCGACAAGUUCCACCACCCGCGCCACCACGACAGCGCGCCGAGCCCCGACGGCGGGAUCCUGCUGAGCGGGUGCCAGACGGACGAGACGUCCGCGGACGUGUCGGGGGACGACGACGACGACGAGGCGGCGGGGGAGGGGGGCAGCAAGGCGUGCGGCGCGUUCAGCAGCGCGGUGCAGGCCGUGCUGGCGGCGCACCCGGCGCCGGUGAGCAACCGGGAGGUGGUGACCCGGGCCAGGGAGGUGCUGCGCGAGAAGGGGUUCGAGCAGCACCCCUGCCUCUACUGCAGCGACGCCAACGCCGACGCGCCGUUCCUCUGCCAGCAGGAGGAGAAGGAGCCCGCCGCCAUGCCCGCGCUGUGAAUCUGUGAUUUGUGCGAGUGUGAUCUUAGUUACGCGUGGAUAUGAACGCAUACGAACCAUAUCAUGAUGAUGACAUGCCAUUAUUACUCUGCUUACAUGCAAUAUGUGACUUUUCAUGCCGAAGAACAAAAUCUUUUCUGGCCCUGCUCGGCUGUGUGCUGGCUGCUGCAGCUGCAUCUGCAGCCGGCCGCAAGUAGCAGAACCUAUAGCAUGGCCUCUACUUA